AUGGCGUCUUCGGCGUCGCCCGGACGGGCGUCGACGGCGACGACGCCGACGCCGACGACCCCGCGCGCGGGACGACGCGCGCGCGGGACGGCGGCGCGCGACGCAUCGGUGACGGGCGCGGCAUCGACGGCGCGACGGCUGGUGGUCGUGGACGGCGCGAACGUGGCGUGGGGCUACGCCGCGGCGCUGCGCGCGGCGUACGGAAGCGCGUCCAAGCAGCCGUUGUCGCGCGGUGUCGUCGAGGCGGUGGCGCGGUGCGAGCGCGCGGGAUUUGAGGUGGUGUGUUUCGUGCCGAGGACGUACGUGGAGGGGGCGCUGCACGGAUUGGCGGACGGCGGCGAUUUGAACGUCGUCGUGGCGCGACACGUGGUGUAUUUGGGCGGUGGGGUGUGGAGAAAUGAACGGUUACGCGAACUCGUCGAGCGCGGACGCGUUCGAUGCGUCGAACGGAAGGGAAAUCGGGGGGCGGAUGACUUGGCGUGCAUCGCGUACGCGUUCGCGGAAGACGCCGAGUACGUCGUCUCGAACGAUCGGUACAACGAUCAUCGCUCGAGCGAGGGGUCGGCGAUCAGACAGUACUUGAAGCGAAGUCUGCGGGAUUACGAGUUCACGUUCGGGUCGGACGCGGAUGAGGUGAGGCGCGCGGCGGGCGACGCGUCGACGGUGGGCGUGGGAAGUCACCAUUUACCGUCGCCACCGGCGGGAGAGGGAACGGAGUGGGACGCGAAAACGCACGCGCCGGGGAGCUCUCGACCGUGGGCUUGCGGACCUAAGGAUGGGAUCUGGGGCGCUCGACCCCGAACGAAGAAGCGCCGAGCGUUCGGCAAGGCUGCGAGAACUCGAAGACCAGAACCGAGCGAGAUGGACAUGGGAUUCCCGUUCUGGGCGGUCGACGACGAGGCGUUGCCGUGCGUGUUCAGUCCGAGCUGUAAUUUUUAG